CAGGUCCGUAUGUAUAAAACCACGGCAAGACUCCGCAAGGGCGCUUGACUAAGGUAGCGGGCAAAAUAAGGUCUCACUCUUUAGAGAGGCACACUUACCAGCUCACAGGGCGGCUGACAGCAUCGCCGUAUCUGGCCCAACGGCCAAGCAGCACCAGCAUGCCAUUUCACCUACAAACCCACCAAACUGACCGGCCCCCCUUACAGGUCCUCGAAGACCGCCGCGCAAGGGUAAGCUAUGCCACCUCCAGCCUCCCACCUCACCUAAUCCUCCGCAUGCACCACCUCCGCCAACUGUGCCACACACGCAUCUCCCGCGCCGAGUCCAUCUACCAAGCCCUCUACGAAAUCCACACCCGCCUUUGCCUCCUCCUCGCAAUGGACCCCCUUCCCUGGGCGGACCUCAACCGGCAAUGGCAAAUCGAAUAACUCCACUUUCCCAACCUCACCCAAGAAGCCUACAAAGCAGCCCAUCACGCCAUCCGCACGAGCUCAGCCCCGAGACCACCACCGCCCCUG